CUUUCCACAGAAACUUUCCCAUUUUUGUAUUGACAUUCAUCAACACUCCCAUCCUCCAAACCCUACACCACUCCUCCCGAAAGAUGUAUAACAGCACUCUGGAGACUGAUGGCAUCAGUUCUCUGGGCUUCAGCCAAAACAACACGAGCUGCAUUAAGAGUGACGGCUUCAAGUACACCAUGUACACUUCAGUCUUCAGCCUGGUCUUCAUAGUCGGGUUGCUAUUCAACAUGGUCGCAGUCUACAUCUUUGCCUGCACGCUGAAGCUGCGUAACGAGACCACCACCUACAUGAUGAACCUGGUGGUGUCCGACCUGCUCUUCGUCCUCACCCUGCCCUUCAGGAUCUUCUACUUCAUCAACAGAGACUGGCCGUUUGGCAGGGUGCUCUGCCAGCUCUCAGUCUCCCUCUUCUACACCAACAUGUACGGCAGCAUCCUCUUCCUCACCUGCAUCACCGUGGACCGCUUCCUGGCCAUCGUCUACCCAUUCCGAUCACAGGCGCUGCGGACAAAACGGAACGCCAAGCUGGCCUGCUGUGCCGUGUGGGUGUUGGUGCUGUCUGGCAGCCUGCCGACGGGCUUCCUCCUGGACACCACCUCGCUCAGAAACUCCAACUCCAACUCCUCAGUCAACUACUGCUUCGAGAACUUCUCCAACAAGCAGUGGCAGUCCAGUCUGUCCAAGGUGGUGGUGUUUAUUGAGACAGUGGGAUUCCUGAUUCCGUUGUUACUCAACGUCUUCUGCUCGGUCUCGGUCCUCCAAACACUGCGCCAGCCCCAGGCCAUCAGCCGUGGUGGCCAGCUCAACAAGACGAAGAUUCUGAGGAUGAUCGUGGUUCAUCUCCUCAUUUUCUGCUUCUGCUUCAUCCCUUAUAAUGUCAAUCUGGUGUUCUAUGCCCUGGUCCGCACCAAGCUGCUGAAAGGCUGCGCUGUGGAGUCAGUGGUGAGGACCAUAUACCCUAUCGCCCUCUGCAUUGCGGUCACCAACUGCUGUUUUGACCCAGUAAUCUACUACUUUACAUCUGAGACCAUCCAGAACUCCAUCAAACGGAAGUCGAUGGCAGUUCGCAACAAUAAGAUGUCCGUGGGGCUUCAGACAGACACGCUGAAGAGCCACAGCACCAUGCAGAACAACCUGACGACUCUGAGAGAAAAAGUAUUUCACAAUGAAUCCACUGUGUGACGUCACCACCUUGAUGAGGCAUCAAUAUUUCAGGUGACUCAAUUGUUGGUGCAACGCACCCAGAUGAUCUAAAGCAAAAGAUGGGAGAUCGGUGGUCUGGAGUGGAUUCUAUAAGAACCAUAGCAUCACAGGAAGCAAGUACAGUUGCAUUAAGGGUACCCACUAAGUCCACUGAUUCAGCUCUGAGUGUCGUCGUGUUAAGGGCAAUUCCACGGUAUCAGUGACACUAACUAGGUUUCCAUUCAAUUGGCGAAAGAUUUAUGCAAAUAUUCUAAACAUCUGCACAAAUAAAAUAUGUGAAUUUUCCCACCAGUGGUGCCAAACAAACUGGUGGAUAGAUAGAUAUCCAUCUCUCUCUGUGUGAUGCCAUACUGCACACAAAAUGUCAUUUCUCUUCAUGUUCAUGUACCGAAUAAAAAUCUAAAGUUCAACGUGUUUCCAUCGCAUUUUCAACUCCACCGAUAGUUGUCAAAAACUGUUGCGUUAAAUAGCAAGUGUGUCUACUCUGGUCUUGGCACUUGUGCUCCAGCCAACAGCUGACAGAAACAGUGUGGUUAGGCUGUGCGGGUAGGCUCGUCUUGUGAGAUUAUUCUGGAUAAGAGAGAGAAUAUUUUUUGUAAAAACGGCAGUCAAGCAACGGUCAUGUCAACAGAAUAAGAGGCGCGAUAUUUACUGGAAAGAAGCGUGAAGAUCAGGGUGCACUUUCACCACACUGAAGUUAAUCAUUUAUUUUAAUCUGUAGCCUAAUAAAACUUCAUGGUCGUAGUGGGAGGACCACACAUUAUCGCGACUCCAAGUUUACUUCGACAUGAUGGUUAAUUAUAUCAACAUUUGCACAUGAAGGCAUUUCCACUGCCAUUUCUCAUAUAAUUAGUUUUACAGACAGAAAAAGAUCACCACGUUGAAUGAACAAAUUAAAAUUGUUACCAAAAAGUUGUUCCCAAACUUCGUAUCUGCACGGUACUUCAAGUAAAUGUGUUUUUGUCAAAUGUUCAGUGGAAAUUGUUAAAAGUAGUCCUUGUGCAUAGUUGUAUGGUUUGUUUAACUUGGCAAUCGUUGGUUUUUGUUUGACAAAGAUUUAAAGUGAAAAAUAUGAGUCUCAAUAUCCCUCUGUUACCAUGGAAUUGCCCUUAAGGAUUACAUCAAUAGCGGUGUUGGCUGUCAGGAUUUUCCUACAUGAUACAGGUCUGGCGGGGAACCCUGGACUGUGGUGCUACAGAUUUACAAAACAAAAAGUGUGAACACUUACCCACAACACACUUUGUGACUUGUCAAACAGUGACUCAGGUGUCUAAAUGAGUCUCUGUUGAAAUACUUUAUACCAGGCAGUGGUCAGUAUUUUCCCUGCAACAAUAAGUACAGAAUAUUGUAUAAUAAACUCAAAUAAUUAAAUAGCACUUUACAGAGCAACACAUUUUACUUGCACCCCCCGCUCCCCCCAACAGUGAUUGUGACACCAAUUUAAAAAAUAAUAAUGAAAGCAAACAAGUUCUCAUCUAUUUUGUUGAGUCACCAGAAGUGAAUAGUCGGUGGUAAAUAUGUAUGAUAUUACCCAGGUUUACCUUUGCACGCCAUAUAUUGAUUUGUGGGUAAUAAAACAGAGUGAGAUAUUUAGGGCAUUUUACAAAGACAUAUGGCUAUCAGUCCUUCAGGUUUAUGACUAGCUUAGCGAUAACGUUCUCCCUUGCUCAUAUUAAUCAUACAACUGAACGACUAAAUAGCUAGUGCACACAGAAACCACCUCAAACCAUUGCCAAGCAUGACAAAGAACGUCUGGCUAGCUAAUGACAACUGAGUUAAGAAGGAUUUGUUUGCUAUUGACACAGUUCAUCAUGCAUGUGUUAAAUCAUUGUUUAAUUAAGUUGAGUGUCACACCACAACUAAAUCUCGCCUUCGAGACCAUAAAAUUUAGUUCAGGGGGUGAAACAAAAACAAACCGAGUAAGAAAGUAGAUUUAAGUCUGAUCUAAUGGGUUGCUGGGUGGCUAUUUUAGAACAAAAAAAAAUGGAAAUAAUAUAUAUUUGAGAAUAAGGCUGUGAACACAUUCUGGCCCUGUUCAGCAACAUAGAAUAGCUAGACUACCACCACCAAGGGCUGCUACCUGAAGAAACAUUUACUUCGACAGCAUCAGCCAUGAGGGAAAUGUGAGAAGCAUCUGGCCUCUGUUAUACAGCCAGAGGACAGAGGUAUGUGAAACUGACUAACUAUGCCAGUGGUGGGUGGCCAAAAUGUCAACCAAAGUGAAUACAACAAUGAUUCAACACUCAAUGAUUAUGGAAAAGAAAAACAGCACAAUGCUGUAUUUUAGGGAAUCAACAUCUUAUUCAUACACUGAACAAAAAUAUAAAACGCAACAUGCAACAAUUUUACUGAAUUACAGUUCAUAUAAGGAAAUCAAAUCAAUAAAACGCUAAUCUGUGGAUUUCACAUGACUGGGCAGGCGCACUGGGCCUGGCUCCCACUGGGAGCCAGGCCCAGCCAAUCAGAAUUUGUUUUUCACAACAAAGGGGCUUUAUCACCGACAGAAAUACUGGGUGGCCGGUCUCUAGAGGAUCCCACAGGUGAAGCCAGAUGUGGAGGUCUUAGUGAAACGCAAACUCCAUACAGGGCAUUCGGAAAGUAUUCAGACCCCUUCACUUUUUCCACAUUUUGUUCCAUUUCAGCUUUAUUCUAAAAUGUACCCUCAAAUCUACACACAAUCAAUAGCCAACAA